ACCACAGUUUCCAUGACGUCAUAGACACUGCACAACUGGGUCGUGCUUGGCAACCGAUCCUCCAUACUGUCUUAAAAAAUAGCAACAGAUGUGUUUUUGGGAUAUAAUUUGAUGCCAGACAGUAAUUCUACAUUCCAUUGACCAUGUAAACAACAAAUUUGAGGUGAGAUCAUUGAAUGAUUAACAAAUGAAGACAAAAUUGGUCUCCAGGCAAAAUCUCAGGGUCAUAAACAAUCAGGAGGGGGGAAAAUGUCGACACGAGUCAAACCCCUGCCAAUUCAACCACUCUCGGUUCAAAGAACAAGGUCCAUGCUGACCACUGGCGAUAUGUAUUCUCAUCAAACAACAAUAGAUGCAGCCCAACAUUUACCACCCCUUACAAGUCAAACUGUAGGGGGUGGUGGUGCCCAUAGUGCCCACAUAGCGAGUGGGGUGAAGGUGCAGCAGUUAUAUGAAGACCACAAACAUCACUCGCAUUCAAAACAUCAUGGACAGCAUACAGGAGAUUCAUCUAAAGAUUCCAAUGUUGUAGCACGUCCUAGUUCAAGUGCAGGAAGUAUUGGGAGCAAAGGUGGUUCCGCAGCGCGACGUAACACUGCAUGGAGUCCAGAAUCGGCAAUGAAACAGUUUAUGCAUAAAUUGACAUCUUUUGAGCAUCAUGAAAUUUUUAAUUUUCCGUCUGUCUUUUUCGUGGGACAAAAUGCAAAGAAAAGGCAAGGUGUUGUAGGAGGUGCAAACAAUAAUGGUUAUGAUGAUGAUCAAGGCUCCUAUAUUCAUGUGCCACAUGAUCAUAUAGCAUAUCGGUAUGAAGUAUUAAAAGUAAUAGGAAAAGGUAGCUUCGGUCAAGUAGUAAAGGCUUAUGAUCAUAAAGUAGCUCAGCACAUUGCUUUAAAAAUGGUCCGUAAUGAAAAACGCUUUCACCGACAAGCACAAGAAGAAAUUAGAAUUUUAGAGCACCUUAAAAAGCAAGACAAGGACAAUACUAUGAACAUAGUUCAUAUGUUAGAACAUUUUUCAUUCCGUAAUCACAUUUGUAUUACAUUUGAAUUACUUAGUAUGAACUUGUAUGAACUCAUUAAGAAAAAUAAAUUCCAGGGAUUCAGUUUACAACUAGUUAGAAAGUUUGCUCACUCAAUUUUGCAGUGUUUAGAUGCAUUGUACAAAAAUAGAAUCAUUCAUUGUGACCUUAAACCAGAGAACAUUCUUUUGAAACAGCAGGGUCGUAGUGGAAUUAAAGUAAUAGACUUUGGUUCAAGUUGUUAUGAACAUCAACGUAUAUACACAUACAUUCAGUCUAGGUUUUAUAGAGCACCCGAAGUGAUUCUCGGUGCAAAGUAUGGAAUGCCUAUAGAUAUGUGGAGUUUAGGAUGUAUCUUAGCAGAAUUGUUAACUGGAUAUCCAAUGUUUCCAGGAGAAGAUGAAGGUGAUCAAUUAGCUUGCAUUGUUGAAUUGAAUGGCAUGCCACCCCAAAAGUUAUUAGAUCAGUCAAAGAGAGCUCGUAAUUUUAUCAGUUCAAAAGGGUAUCCAAGGUACUGUACAGUUACAACAUUACCCGAUGGCAGCACUGUACUGAAUGGUGGACGGUCAAGAAGGGGAAAACCUAGAGGUCCUCCAAAUAGUAAAGAUCUGGUAACUGCAUUGAAAGGAUGUGAAGAUCCGUUGUUUUCUGAUUUUAUGAAGAGAUGUUUAGAUUGGGAUCCAUCAACCCGAAUGACCCCAGGUCAGGCAUUACGACAUCCGUGGUUGAGAAGAAGGUUGCCAAAACCACCACCAAAUGAAAUUAGAACCGACUCUGCUUCACGAAGGAAGACAUCAACAGCUAAUACUGCAAGUGUAAUAAUUUCAAAAGGUCCACAAAGUGGAAAUUCAAGUAGCAAAGGGCGAAACCCAGUAACUUAUGAUGAAAUGUCGGCUCCGAUGCCCCCUCGAACAAAACUGCCACAAAUAGGAUCAACAACGUAGAGAUUAUCGUUUACAAGUAUUGUGAUGCAAAUUUUGUGAAUUGCCGUCCAAAAUUUCUUGAUCUAGUGUUUUAACAGAUCAUCAUGCACCCUAAAUUUAUUGCCUGAUGUUCAGUAAUAAAUGAUUGUGUGAUUCACUUUAUAUUCUGGAAAGCCAAAUUCUGUUCAAGGUUGAAAGUCUUCAAGUAUAUUAUAUGCACUAGAAUAACUGAACAAGUCUGGAGUAUUUAUGUCCGUAUAUAUAUUCGUGUGUGUGCAUGCAAAUGAUAUAGUAACUGAAACUCUUUCUUUUACUUGUUGAGUCUUUGGAUAGUGUUGAGAGAUGUGCUUCAUCAGAAAAAUCCAGGAGUUUUUAUUCAAUAUAAGCCUUUCUGUGAUCAGCAUUGUUAUUUUAACAUUUUGACUGGAGGCUGUAUUUAUUUGAAACCAUGUGAUGUACUGUGAGUGCUACUUUGAUAAUUAAUAAUUUAUUGUUGAAUGUCUUGUCUCAGAAUAAGGCUCUUUUUUUUUCUUUUAAUAUCUCAUUUAUAAAAAUAUUUUGGAUUAUGAUGAUAUGUAUUGAGGUGAUCAACAUGUUUUUGGUGAAAAAGAAAAACCCAGAUUAUUCUGUAUAACUUCCUGAAUAAAAGAAAUGUUGUUGUCACUACAUGCAUAGAGAAAAUUUAAAUAACAAACAAAACAAGUAUUGUCAUUUUGUAACUAAACAC